GCCGGGGGGAAGCUCACGCGGUGCCCAUAGCAACGGGGAGGAGGAGGAGGAGGGACUGGCUCCCGGCCUUCUGCUGCGAGGGGCCUCUGUGCCCCCACUCCGGCUGGUGGAGAAGCUGAGACACUUAAUAACUUAAGACCUACAGUUUUAUGCUUGCUUGACUUGCAAAACAAUAGCCCACCUCUUCAGGACUUCUAACAGCGUGAAACGUAAUCAAACAGUGUUAGUACAUUUUGGUACUGGAAUAAUGACUACUGUAGAAGUUGUUGAGAAGAAGCAAAAUUAUACUAGUGUGCAUGAAGCAGUGAAAGCUGGUGAUGUAGAACAGCUUGCAUUGAUGAUUAAAAGUGGAGCUGGUGUUAACGAUGUGGAUGUAGUCCACAAAUUCACACCCUUGCACUGUGCUGCCCACUCCGGAAGUCUGGAGUGCCUUCACUGGUUGCUCUGGCAUGGAGCUGACACAACUCACGUGACUGUCAGAGGCUGGACAGCGGCUCACCUUGCGGCCAUCCGAGGGCAGGAUGCCUGCAUGCAGGCUUUAUUAAUAAAUGGAGUAAACACAGAAGCUCAGGAUGACCGUGGGUGCACGCCGGCACACUUGGCUGCAGCCCACGGGCAGUCCUACACCUUGCAGACCAUACUGAGAAGUGGAGCGAAUGUAAAUGUUUCAGACAGGAAUGACUGGAAACCUGUUCAUUAUGCUGCUUUUCAUGGUCGUUUGGGGUGUUUGCAGCUUCUUGUUCGAUGGGGAGCAUGUAUCGAUGAUGUGGAUAACAAUGGAAACCUUCCAGCCCACCUGGCAGCAGUGGAAGGACACUUGCAUUGCUUUAAGUUCUUGGUUGGGAAAAUGGCCAGUGUCACACACACGCUGAAAGCCAGGAAUGACCAAGGAGAGACUCCAAGGGACUUGGCUGAACAGUUCUUUAAAGAUAAUAUUCUGCAAUAUAUUGAUGGUAUGGAAAAAGAGGGGGAGCAUCCAGAGGCACAGGAAGUUUUAGCUUUCCCAGCUCAUGACGCUGCUUUCAAAGGGGACUUGUUAGUGCUUAGAAGAUUAGUGAAAAGUGGAGUAAUCAAUAUCAAUGAGCGGGAUGAUAAGGGGUACACUCUCAUGCACAAAGCUGCUGAACAGGGGCAUAUCCAUUGCUUACAGUGGUUGAUUGAAAUGGGAGCUGACUGUGACAUUACAAAUGAUGCUGGAGAGACUCCAAAGGAUGUAGCCAAGAGAUGUGCCCAUCUGGCAGCUGUGGAACUUCUGAUACCAAGAACUGGAGACAGUAACUCUAGUGAUGAAGAACUAGAUGCAAACAACAUAAAGUUUUUUGAAAGACAUGGUGUGGAAGGGAGUACAGAUAGCAAAGAAGAUUUAACCCUGGAUGAAGCAGAGAAAAGGAAUGCACGGAUAAGGGCCUAUCACAAGAUUCAAGAACUUCAGCAACGUCUAGAAAUUGCCUACAGCAACUACAGACAGCUGGGAGGGAUAACUGAAGAGGAGAGGAAGAUGAAAAGAGAAGAAAGGAAAGCUGAGAAGGCUGUGAGGGAGCUGGAGGCCCAGCUGGAGUAUGAGCGAGUCAGGCGGGAGAAGCUGGAGAGCCAGCUGGAUGACUACCGUGCUGAGAUAAGCCACCUUAGGGAGAGCCUGGAGAAAACCUGCAUCCCCUCUGCUGUCCCCAUGGAAGCUGAGGCAAUUGCCAAGUCUUGCAAAGACAAAAAGAAAAUAAAGAAGCAGCCAGCCUGCAGCCCAGGAGGAGUGUUUGUGAGGCUACGCUGAGGAACGACCCUCCAAGGAGGGGCAGGAGACUGCAAAGGUAGAAAGGCAAUAUUCCAGACAAUGCAAAGUUUGCAUGGCCCAGCUGCACAGAUGAGUUGUGGUUCUCUGCCUUUCACUGAACUAUGGUUUUAGUUCUCUAGUUCUCUGGUGCAGCAGUAGAAAAUGUAGUUUAGCAACAUCUUUGCAAAUUAUAAAUUGACAUUUCAACAGUUAAUACAGUCUCCGGGAGAAUUACUUCUCAGCUGCAGACAGGUACCAGGCACCUUGAUUUUCAUCUUCAAGUCAUUCCUGAAGAAGCCAGGAAGUGACUCCUUUGUGAGGUGCCAGACGAACUGCAGCAGCAGGCCUCUAGCUCAGGGCUGAAGAGUUUACUAGGUUAUGGGGCACGUUGUGGUGAGAAAUGGCAACCCUGACCUCUCCUCCAUACCUAGAAAACAUUUAAUUACUACACCUAUAAAAUUUUUUCUCUCAUCUGUGUGCUAUUGUGAAGUUAUUUUCCCUCUGGAAGCCUCAUUUUGAGAUUAUUUUUUUUAGUGCUCAAGUCCUGAUAUGUCCUCUCCUUAAGUACCAAAGAAAACAAAUCUCUGAGAAUUUCAGAGGUACUGGAAAAUAAAAAUCAAUGUUUUUCUGUGCAUACUGAAGGAGAGGCACACUGACUAACAGCAUAAGCCUUGUAUGAGAGCUAAAGAGUAGAAAUUCAGUCUCAAGAGCUCA